AUGACACCUGCUGUAGGCAAAUCAGACCAGCUCCUGGAAAAGAUCUACAAUAUGAACUUGGUAGUGAGAGACAUGCUUCUGAAAAGUGAUCUGGAUAAUGAAGGCAUCCUGGAAUAUAUGCUUAGACUGAGCUCCAUAACAAAAGAGCUGAGCAGAUCUCUCAGCCAGCAACUGGAGAACAUUGCAGAAAGUCUUCAAGGCAUUUGCCACUUACUGAGCGCUCUCCAAGACAAACACAGGGAACUCACUUCAAGGCAAGGCAACUUUCAUAGUAAAAUUCAAUUGGUUACAUACUUUUUUCCCUCAGACUGCAAUGGAAUUACAGAUUGUCUGCUGAAAGUGAAGAAUUAUUUGAUAAAUAUAGUCUCAUACCUUCAAGAGACAGAAAAUAAACUUUAUGCUGUUAGCCGCAAAGGCAGUGUUAAAUCUCAGGCCCAGAUGGCUCAAAAUGCUUUUAGAGAAACAGACGUGUUUUUUUCUGAAUCAGAAAGAACAGAGUCUGCGCAAGCAUCUCCUAGCCUCAGUCAGCCAUCUCAAAUAACUCCUUCCGUGAAAAGUCAGAAUGCUAAUCAAAUCCAGCCAAAUGAAACUAAAGCUGUGGAAAAAGAAACACUUGCAUCAUUAACUGAAAACAUAUCUGCUCAGGAACAGGAUAUUAGUAGAGAAUCUCCAGUAAAAAACGAAGAUGACAAACACAGACUGCUGACGAACCCUAUGACAGAGAAAAAAGAUUGUAAUGGAAAAGAUAAAGCUCACGGAGGUGUCAUUUUUACUAAAAAGUCUCCAGAACUGUUUCUUCAAGAUGUUCUCAGAGACAAUGGAGAAGGAAUUCUUUCUGGGACAUUAAAAGAUACUUACAGCACUGUCAUGAAUCUUUCUGAGCAGGAAAAAAUGGCAGUAGUCAAAGAACCUUCAAAAAGGGUGGAAAAUAAAGAACAUAGACUGACAGAGAAAAUGGAAGACACUAAAAUGGGAACAAAUUAUGACAUCUGUAGGAAUAACCCCAUUACCUUCACGUCUUCAGCACAAAUAUCUGAUCUAACUACUGUGAAUCCUCCUAUGAAUGGUUCAGAGGACAUGCAAAACUCUAGGCACUGGAUGAACAAAAUAUUUCUAGUGGAAGGGAGUGAUAAGGAUGAACAGGAAGUAGCUUGUUAUAUUAAAGCUCCUGCAAUUGCUCUAGAGAAUCUGAUGUGUAAGCUAGUCAAUGACACUAGUUCCUUGGUGGUGGAUGAUUCUGAGAAGCUGGUCAGCAAUGUCAUCAGUAUUGAAUGCUCUGAUUGUGAGAAAACAAUCCCUUUCCCUAUCAACAUUGCAAUCCCUUUUGCUUCACGCUUCCGAGGAAAUUAUCGGGACAUUAUGGUGAAGGUGACUGAUGUGAACUUCCAAUCAACUUACUUGACUCCCAUUUCUUUGGGUGCAUGCCAAGGAAACCAUAAGGAAACCUUUGCAGAAGUGAAAAUUUAUCAGCUGGGUAUUUUUUCCGUGUUGUCAUGCUUAAAGAAAGAAGUAUUUACUGUUCCGAAGGCUGGGCUCUCCCAAAAGCUGAGCAUGGAUUCGAGAAUCUCUUUCUAUUACCCUCCUGAAACAUUCAGUUCUCCAGCAGUCAUGCAUCUAAAGGUUCAGCCAAUUGAACCAUCGCUGGUUUCCACACUGAAAGCAAAACAUGACAUUUACCAUUCAGUGGUGUCCACUAGUGCACUGGUUUAUGUCCAGCAUCCUUCAGCCCAACCAUUUAACAAGUCAGUCACUGUUACUCUGUCCUGUCCUCCGAACCCAGAAAAAAAAAGACAAGGAGAUGAGACAGAACAUGUAAGGGCCAUUAGUGCUACAGUUAAGAGGGCUGCUACAACAUAUCAUCCUUGUGCAGUGAGUGCUUCUAUGAGAAAGAAUGGAGAAUUUCAAAGUGAAACUUUGAAAUUAUUAGGCCACAGAAAAAAAGAAGAGGAGUGGAUUGUGUUUGAUGAUGUUAUUAUUCAGAAUGCACGGAAUGGACUUGUAUCAUUUGAACUAAACGAGCAUUUAGAAAGCUUUGUUGUCAUUCGCCUUUCCUUCCACUUGGAAAACACAUAUCUUCUCCUCUUUGCUCAGGCUCUGGAAGAAGCCAUCUGUAGCACAAUGACUAAUGUGGUACUGUAUCAGAAAAGAGAAAACCCAUAUAAAAUAGUAGUUGUGCUAUCUGUGUCAAAAGAAUUGACUCGGGAACUUCAAAAUCUCCAUGAGGAGGGCUAUUUUGGUCCCCCAGAACCAACAAAGCCAUUUCCAUUAAGAGAAGGAGAACAGAUUCAUUUUAGAUUUAGCGGCAAUAUAUUUGCUUCAGAGAAUGGGAAAGAUUUUGGAAAAGCCCACAGGCUUAUUUUUCAUUCACAAAGAAAGCCCAGGCUGGAGCUCCAAAUCAAAGAAGUGGAUGAGUUUGGUAAUUACAGCUCACCUCAUUACAAAGGAACUGCUGUGUUUUAUAAAAUUACCAGAGAGAUGAUAGCCAAGGAGUGGGAACAGCCCCUGCCUUAUCAUGACUACCAACGCCAGUCUCCACUGUGCAAAUUAGCACUAACAUUACCAAAGCAUGAAAAGCUGAUCAAACGUCCACGAAGCACAAAGAGAAUUUCUUCUGAUUCGUCGGACGCCCUAUGGGACAACUUGCUGUACUGGCUUGCAGAAGAGCUUGCAGAAGAUAACACUCCACCGCUUGCAUUACACUUACCCGUUCGGCGGAGCGUAUUUCAGCUUGUUAGGCUGAAGUGCCCUGACAGCUUAACACACCAGAUCUAUGAACUUCUUUGCUACUGGAAAAAGACCCUUCCGAGAUCAGCUAAUAAACAGCAGCUCCUGUGUCGCUAUUUGCGAAAGAGUGGCAGAAGUGAUCUUUCAGAACAACUUCGUUUUAAGUGGGAAAAUGAAGCAUUCUCUGGACAGAAUCACUGA